AUGAAAGCACCAACUCCAGGCGUCCCCUUAAAGGUGUAUUUGGCCUCCACCAAUGCAGUAGUGGGAGCAUUAUUAGCACAAGAUGGUGAAGCUGGAGAAGAAUUUGCUAUUUACAAUGUGUGCAAGCUUUUGAGGGGGGCUGAAACAUGCUACCCUAAGGUAGAAAGGCUUUGUUUAGCACUUGUCUAUGCAGCCCAAAGAUUACGUCACUAUUUUUUGGCCCACAAGCUUCAACUUAUGGUGAAGACUGAUUUGGUCAGAUAUUUGCUGACGAAACCAGUGCUAUCAGGGUGGUUAGCAAGAUGGCUGCUCCAGUUGUCUGAGUUCGACAUUGUAUGUACGACACCAAGGGCUAUCAAGGGACAAGCCGUGAUCGACAUGAUCACCCUCUUCCCAGAAGAAGAAGGAUUUGAUGUUUCUCAUGACAUACUCGGAGAGUUACCUAGAAUGACAGCAGUGGUUGAAGAACAGGAGCCUUGGACCCUUCACUUCGACGGGUCAGCCACGGCUAAUGGAGGAGGAGCUGGAGUUGUACUCGUGGAUCCUAAGGGGCAUGCCAAACCCCUUUCAUUUAAACUAAACUUCUCAUGCACUAAUAAUGUGGCAGAGUAUGAAGCUUUUAUUGCUGGACUCGCAACUGCACAUGAAUUGAGAGUCAAGAGAAUCAGAGUGAUCGGGGAUUUAAACCUAGUCAUUAGCCAAUUGAAGGGAGAUUUUGCAGUGAAAGAAGUAACCUUGGCACCCUAUAGGACUUUGGCAGAAAAGUUAAUCAAGAACUUUGAGCAGAUAACUCUUGAGCACAUUCCCGGCAGCACUAACAGAUAUGCAGACGCUUUAGCUACCCUUGGUUCCAAGCUUUCAUUCACAAGGGAGCAACCCAACAUCACUGUAAUCCAAAACAACAAACCAUGUGUAGAAGCUAUGAUUUUCUCAAGCCCAUCAAGUGAGAAAGAUUGGCAUGAAUUUGUCAAGGAUGAGAUGGCUCAGUUGGACAAGGAAGAUAGACUCAGAACACUGGGAGACUAUAGUUUGAUAUUUGGAGAGUUGUACAAGCGUCUUCCAGGAGGGGUAUUAGUCCACUGUGUAGAUGAAAAAGAAGCUCAGAGGAGAUUGCAAGAAGUACAUGAGGCCACUUUUGGGGUUGAGCAGGUGGUCAGCUUAUACCGAAGGUUGCAACGUAGGGGUUAUUACUGGCCAAACAUGAAGAAACAAGCAGCGGAGAUGCAACUCUCAUGUUCUAAGUGCCCCUCAACUUUGUCAGAACAGGAAGGAUUUACGGCAGCAAUUACUGAAGAUUGGAGGUCACCAUACUUGGAAUACCUCAUAAGUAAAACACUGCCAGAAGAUUGUAAGCAUGCGUACAAGGUCAAAAAGACGGUGAAAAGGUAUUUUGUGGAUGGGAGCACACUGUAUAGAAAGGGAUUCAAUGGUGAGCUAUUAAGAUGCCUUGGGACUACUGAAUGUCAACAAGUUUUAUAA